GUCAAUUCGUUUUUGUCAGCUUGUGCUGUCACUCUCAGUUGUGUUUCUAUUUGCCUUGUUUUUUGUUUUCCAAAUCCGGAAAAUAACUUUAUAACCUGGAUAUUCAUUUUACCUCAAUUUUUUGCGAAAUUAUCGUCUAAGUAGCGAAAAUGGUUGUCCGCCAAUAUCAGCAAGAACUAGAAUACCUAGAAAAAAUAUCCUCUUACUGCUGGAGGAUCAAAAAAGGCUUCCAGCCGAAUAUGAGGGUUGAGGGGGUGUUUUACGUGAAUCAAACAUUGGAAAAACUUAUGUUGGACGAGCUGAGAAAUGCUUGUAGGCCAGGCAUGGUUGGGGGCUUCCUGCCAGGUGUGAAACAGAUCGCCAAUGUUGCAGCUCUGCCUGGUAUAGUUGGAAAAUCUGUUGGCUUGCCAGAUGUACAUUCAGGAUAUGGCUUUGCUAUUGGUAAUAUGGCUGCAUUUGAUGUGAAUGACCCUGAAUCAAUUGUCUCACCUGGUGGAGUAGGCUUUGAUAUCAACUGUGGUGUCCGUCUUCUGAGAACAAAUCUGUAUGAGAGUGAUGUAUUGCCUGUCAAGGAACAGCUAGCUCAGAGUUUGUUUGAUCACAUUCCGGUUGGUGUGGGUUCAAAAGGAAUAAUUCCAAUGAAUGCUAGAGAUCUGGAAGAAGCAUUAGAAAUGGGUAUGGACUGGUCUUUGAGAGAAGGUUAUAUCUGGGCUGAGGACAAAGAGCACUGUGAAGAGUAUGGUAGAAUGUUGAAUGCUGACCCUGCUAAAGUAAGCAUGAGGGCUAAGAAGAGAGGACUUCCUCAGGUAAUUUUUUUUUCUAAAAAAUCUUUUUACUGCCCAUUUUUAUUUCAUGGAAUAAAAGUAUAUAUUUAUGAAUUAGAUGAAAUUUAUGAUAAAUGGGCUGCUUGCAAAAUGGGCAUUGAGGAAAAAGGACAGAUAUGUGUUAUGAUCCAUUCUGGCAGUCGUGGUUUUGGUCACCAGGUUGCUACUGAUGCACUGGUGCAAAUGGAGAAAGCCAUGAAACGUGACAAUAUAGAAACAAAUGACAGGCAAUUAGCUUGUGCGCGUAUCAGCUCUGUAGAAGGCCAAGACUAUCUAAAGUCUAUGGCAGCAGCAGCAAAUUUUGCCUGGGUGAACAGAAGCUCCAUGACAUUUUUGAGCAGACAGGCAUUUGCAAAACAGUUCAAUAUGGCACCAGAUGAUCUAGACAUGCAUGUUAUUUAUGAUGUUUCUCACAACAUAGCAAAAGUGGAAGAGCAUCUUGUUGAUGGAAAACCUAAAACUUUGCUAGUGCACAGGAAGGGUUCAACCAGAGCAUUUCCACCUCACCAUCCAUUAAUCCCGGUGGACUAUCAGUUAACUGGACAACCUGUUUUAAUAGGAGGCACAAUGGGGACUUGUAGCUAUGUGUUGACUGGCACGGAACAAGGAAUGUUUGAAACAUUCGGUUCGACUUGUCAUGGCGCGGGUCGAGCAUUGUCCCGAGCAAAAUCGCGCAGAAAUAUAGAUUACACUGACGUGCUACAGAAACUUGAAUAUAUGGGUAUUUCCAUAAGAGUAGCGUCGCCAAAACUGGUAAUGGAAGAAGCACCAGAGUCGUACAAGAAUGUCACUGACGUAGUAAAUACUUGCCAUGCUGCAGGAAUCUCGAAGAAGUGCAUCAAGUUGAGGCCAAUCGCCGUCAUCAAAGGAUAAACAGUAUUAUUUAUGUGAAACAAAGUUCAAGCACUGAUUCCGACGUUUCAUGAACUUACGAUGAGGUUUAUUUUUCUGAUAACUGCAGAGAAACUGUUACAAUGCAGUGUUUCCUUUGUAUCAGAUUAACUGAUUACAUUUCUCAAACUUGAAAAUUUUUUACAAGAUCAUCUUGCUUUAUACAAGGUAUUCAUAUUUAUAUGAUGAUGAAUGCAUGCGGAUAGUAUGUUUAAUGCUAAGAAAUAUGUUUGAUUGUUGUGUGACCUGUAUUUAUGAAAAAAUAAAUCCACAUUCUUUGAUAUCUUA